CUGUUUCAUAUGUCCUUUCACUUCCCCCGCUUAAGUUUGUGAUACAUAGAAAUCUAAUAGGCAUUUCACAUUCUAUUUCUAAUACAUAGAUAUUUUAGGUCAAAAAUACUGCUUUGAUAAGUGUUCAAAUAUCUUAUCGGAUUAUCCAGUAAAUGUGAUAAUAAAAAUUCUAUUAAUACAUAAAAUCAUCGUCUCUAGUUCUCUUAGGCACAUUGCGAUUCAGCUGAUUAUACGCUUUUAUAACUAUCGUAAAUUGUUGCUAUAUGUAGUUAAAAAAAAAAAUGUUUUCUUUAAGAAGAACAUUGUUAGUUAAAUCUAAAUUAUAUAUUAAAAAAUUGCACACUUCCAAUUCUUUAUAUGAUGCUAUUAAAAUAGAUGGAAAUGAAAUUUCGAAACAAAUUAAGGAAGAAUUAAAAAAUGACAUUGAUGCCUGGGUAAAAGCAGGUAAUAAAAAACCUAAGUUAGUAGCUAUUCUUGUAGGAGAGAAUCCUGCUAGCCAAACUUAUGUUCGAAGAAAGAUGGAAUCUGCCAAUAUCAUUAUUCGUUUAGGCAUAGAAAGUUAUACAAUCAAUCUGAAAGAAAAUACAACUCAAAAAAUUUUACUGGAAAAUAUAAAUAGCUUGAAUGAAGAUCCAUCAGUAGAUGGCAUCAUUGUGCAAUUACCAUUACCAAAAGGUCUCAAUGAAAAAGAAGUGUGUCAAGCAAUAUCACCCAAAAAAGAUGUAGAUGGUUUUCAUUUAGAAAAUAUAGGAAAUUUGACAUUGGAUAGUAAAGGUAUUAUACCAGCUACUGUCCUGGGUGUAAAAGAAUUGAUAGUUAGAUCAAAUAUAAAAACCUUUGGGAAGCAUGCAGUUGUAAUAGGCAGAUCAAAACAUGUUGGUUUACCAAUAGCUUUAUUGCUACAUGCAGAUGGCAGGGGAGCUACGGGUGGAUUAGAUAUGACAACAACAAUUUGUCAUAUCCAUACUCCUUCUGAUCAAUUAAAACAAAUGACAAGACUUGCUGACUUAGUAGUAGUAGCUGCUGGUGUUCCAGGUUUAGUAACCGAAGAUAUGAUCAAACCUGGAGCUUGUGUAAUUGAUGUUGGAAUUAACAGAGUAAAAGAUAAAACUAGUAAUAGAAAUAUACUUGUUGGAGAUGUGGAUUAUGAAAAUGUAAAAAAGGUUGCACAAUAUAUUACACCUGUACCAGGAGGUGUGGGUCCUAUGACUGUUACAAUGUUGUUAAAAAACACGUUUACAGUGGCUAUGAAAAAUUCGCAACACAAGAAACAUUUAAAAAAUAUUAUUUCUGAAGUGAGAUAAAUCUUCUUACCUAUUGUGUUAUUUUACUUAUUUUGUAAAACAGCAGAUCAGCAAAUAUAAAAUAGCAAGUAAUAAGCAAAAAAUGCACGUACACUUUAAUAUAUUUUGAAAAUUAAUAAUUACUGGCAUAGAAUUAAAAGAUUUUUUAUUAUCAUCAAUAAAAAAGAACAUGUUAUAUAAAGUGUCGAAUUUUUUAUAUUAAAGGCUUUCUAUUUACAUUUGAAACUUUUCAAAUAAUAAGGAAACAUACGUUCAAAUUUGGAGUAUAAUCGCAACUCCAGCAAGAACCCAUUUAUUAGGUUUGUCUCGGGUUCUUAAAUUGAACGUCCAGACGUAAGUUGGACCACGAGUUCUUGUUUUGUAAACUGGACAUUCAUACAUAUUUUUAAGAUCUUGCUUAUCUUGUGUUAUUGCUCUAAUAUAUACUACUGGCAUUAAAGGAAACAAUUCUUUUAAACGUGCAUCCGAGAUUACACCUGUUUCAAUAUCCCAACGAGCUCCUUCCAUGUAUAAACUAUUAAUGUAGGAACCUUCACGUGGUGGUGCACUAUAGAAACAAAAGUGAAAAGUAUCUUAUUAUUUAUGCAAAAUCGGAACAUUGUAACAAUAUAAAUGAUAUUUCCUUACGUAACUUCAUCCUUUUGUUUUGUAGUUACUUCGCAAUGUAGACACAUUUUAUCUAAAGGCCAUUCAUUUUUACGUGCAGUUUGUUGCAUAAUUGCUGUAAGAAAGGACUGAGGAUUAAAGAAUCCUCCUAGCCAUACUGAUGAAGGAAGCUAUUAGAAAAAUUUGACAUUAAUGUACAUAGCUGUGUAAAUAAUUAAAUAAAAUAUAAUAAAAAUCAUUUACAUUAAAAUCCGAUGUCCAGCUAGCAAGUUCUCCAACUCUAUUUAACAUAUCCAUGAACCAACUACUUAAAUUAAGAUUUGAAGGAUAAGCUAAUCUAGUCCAUGAUGGUGGAACAGCAUUCAUAAAUAUAUUAUUUUGUAAGUUUUCCAUUUCCGGACUAAUCGUAAGUUCACCCUAUAAUAAUUAAAUGA